CGCAUUCCACCAAUCAGCUGCCGACUUGGGACGAGGAAAUAGCCGGGGCGCUCACGCCUCGGCCGCUCAGUACGCAGGCGGGGUCAGCGGCUCUCCACCAAUCGCGUGGCGCGGACGACGAGUCCUGCGAUGACGUCUUCGGGCACAGCGGCCAAUCGGGGCUCACUAGGCCCGAGAGCUUUGAGGAGUGAAGUCUCGGGGAGACGCAAGCGGAACGGUGGACAAUAUAGGGAACCUCAUCUCUUCCUGUCGGCACCGGGGACGGCUUUGUGAGUGGGAGGAGACUAGAGAGCCGGGAGACGGCUACCGGGGACUCAGGUUGUGAAUUAAUCCAGGAGUGCAGCUCCAGCCCACGGCCUGAACCCCCCCGCCCCCAGUGUCAUCAGCCACAUGGAUUACCAGGGGAUUAGCGCAAGGAGGGAGACGGACUAAUAAGGGGAGGGGGCAAAGGGCUGCAAGACAUUGUACGCUCCCCUCACUCUGGAGAUUUGGAGGAGGGGAGGCUUUUCACCCUCAUCAGCCCCCGAAUUAUUAGCAGCUGCCUACGAGCCCCAUUGAUUUAUCAUGUCGGGGCUUAUUUAAUCGCUUUUGUAGAACUGCCUGUUCCCCCCCACGUCUCAUUUCAUAUACAUUUCUCCCAUUGCCUACAAGUGCUGCGUGGGGAUAUGCUGAACACCCUAGUUCCCUCCUCCCAUCUCCACGAUGCCUGUAGGAACUGUCAAGUCUUUCAAACCCAGCAAGUACAUCCCUGUGACCGCAGCAACUGUGUUUCUGGUGGGCUCAACGACGCUCUUCUUCGCUUUCACAUGCCCAUGGCUCAGUGUAGAAGUGUCCCCAGCUCUUCCUGCUUAUAACGCUGUCAUGUUUCUAUUUGUGUUGGCCAAUUUCAGCAUGGCCACGUUUAUGGAUCCCGGAAUCUUCCCUCGAGCUGAUGAGGAUGAAGACAAAGAUGAUGACUUCCGGGCUCCCUUAUAUAAGACGGUGGAAGUGAGGGGCGUCCAGGUCCGAAUGAAGUGGUGUUCAACCUGCCGCUUUUACAGGCCUCCUCGCUGCUCUCACUGCAGUGUUUGUGACAAUUGUGUGGAGGAGUUUGACCACCACUGUCCAUGGGUGAAUAACUGCAUUGGACGCAGGAAUUAUCGUUACUUCUUCCUCUUCCUGGUGUCCCUCACAUUGCACAUAAUGAGCGUUUUUAUCUGUGGCCUUUUCUACACAUUGGGGCAUCCAGACCAGCUCAGAGACAUCCCAGCAAUUGUGACUAUUUCAGUGAUGUGUGUGGCUGGCUUGUUUUUCUUCCCCGUUACAGGACUUACAGGAUUUCACAUUGUCCUGGUGUCCCGAGGUCGCACAACUAAUGAGCAGGUCACUGGAAAGUUUCGCGGUGGAGUGAAUCCAUUUAGUAAUGGGUGCUGUCAGAAUGUGAGCCAUGUUUUGUGUAGCUCAUCCCCACCCAGAUACUUAAAACGUAGUCUUCAAUCUGUUCUCUCGAUAACACCCCCGUUUUUACGUCCUGAGAUUUCCGAUAGUCAGAUUGGCCUUAAAAUACUGGACAACGGCAUACAGAGUCCUCUUCAACACUAUCAGUCUCGAAGCAGUUUAGAGCUCACAGAGUCUCAGUCGGCAGAUGCAGAACCACCGCCACCACCAAAGCCUGACCUGAGCCGUUACCCAGGGCUGAGAGGUCAGAUAAGCCUCGGGGACAGGGAAGACAAUUCCCUGUUGAAUGCGGAGAGUCCUCCUACUCCAACUAUGUACAGAUAUCGACCAGGCUUUAGCAGUGCGAGUGGCGGGCCUCCGCCCAAUUGCAAGCUUCCUCGUAUGGACAGUCUCCAGGACUCCCCAAUGCCCACCUCUGACCUGUCUCGCCCUCCCAGUUCUCGCUCAGAACCCAGCUUAGAGCCGGAGUCCUGUCACGCACCACCAGCUCGGUCCUCCAGUUUGCGCUCCGCCGCGAGUACUCCGGCGCCACUUCCCUCUCUCCCGUCGGAAGGAACGACAUCCACCUCGUACAAAAGCUUAAAUCAGACGCAGAAUGGAAGUCUUUCUUACCAGAGCCUGCUGAGCCCUUCUGAUGAAACAGAGCCAGAAACCGCCGGGUACUCCUCUCCUUACCUGUCGGCUCGAGAGCGCCUGCGGCCAGCCUGUCCUCCUCCAAUCGCUCCUCGUUAUGGCAAGCCGAGAAUCUCGCAUCACCGGACAGGGGUUGAUUCAGAUGCAGCAGCUUUACCCUUGUUGACACUAAAGGAUGAGUCUCCUGCAAAGUCGGCACACUCCCGCAGCAACGGCCAAGCUACUGUCUCCCCUCCAGUCAGCCCUUCGCGCCCAGGAGGUGUAAAAACUGUUUCAGGUGUGGGGGGAACCACAUACGAGAUAUCUGUAUGAAAAAA